GCCAAAACUCUUUACCGAUUUACUCCUUACCUUUAACUUCUUAUAAACUGGAAAUUAACCUAAUCCAUCACCGAAUGCUUCAAAUUUGCUCCAAUGCCGAAGCCCCUUUUCCCCGUAGCGCUGCUCCUUCUACUGAUAUCGUCCGCACCAUCCCCGGCCGCCGGCGCCAGUUCAGUCCUCUGCAACGUCAGCUAUUACACCGCCGGCGAUCCUUUCGCCAUCAGCCUGACCUACGUGUUAUCCGACUUGGUCGUGAGCGGGUCGGCCCGACCCGGUCAAGAUUACUACAACAUCUCCCCUUACCCAAACGCUUUCGCCUACGGCCGCUCCUCGUGCUCCGGCAAUCUCACCGCCGGCGAUUGCAGCUAUUGCCUUCGAUCGGCCGUUGGGGUCGUGAAAAAAAAGUGCCCUAUGGCGAUCGGAGUUAGGGUUGAGCUCGGGAAAUGCGGCGUCCGGUACGAGCAAAGCCCCUUUGUCUGAUUGAUUUUGGAGCUUUAGGAUUUCGUUUUGGAGUUUCUGAUUUGAGGAUGUUAUUGUUUGUGUCGAUGCACUGUUUGAUGAAUUUCCCAAAAGAAGUUGUGGUUUGUUGUUGUGCAGGUGUUGGGCUUUUGGCUAUUAUUGAGUGUUCUUGUACGUGUGAUGUUGAGAUUUCAGUUUAAGGAAUCCUGUGAUAUGCAGUGGAUAAUAAUUCAUCA